AUUAAACCUCUGUCUGACACUGACUUGAUUCUCACAUAUCCCCUCCAGCAUAGCCCCAACCUGGCAAGUAAAAGUUUCAGAAAUCUAGGGUUAGGGUUUCGUCACUGCUAAACCAAAUCAUCUCCGACAUCGUCUAUCAUUUUCUUGAAGAUGUAUGCUGAUCGUUUGGAGGAAGAUUCCAAGCCGUCAAUCAAAGAUAGGCUUAACGGCAACCUCGCCGCUAAUGCUCUUCGCCGGCCACCCAUUACCGGUAAAAGACAGCGACAAGAUGACAAAUGGGAGCAUGAUCUCUACGAAGAUGAACAGCCUCAAAUAUCACGCAAAAUUGGAAGAGGUGAUCUUCGAUUGAAGCUUCAAAGGAGGAGUAUCCAGCAAGAUGCUCAAGGUGGAGGUGUUCGAGAUCUGCGUGAAAAGUUGUCUGGCUCAAUGCGUUUACAACCAGUAAGUAAGGAUCCUCCAAAGCCCAAACCUGAAACCGAUGCUGCUAAACCUGCUAGAAGAAGUGUCAUUGUUGCCCCAAGGCCCGCAACUUUGGCUGAACCCAAGAAAGUCUCCAACUCAACUACAAGGAAGAAGGCUCCUCAGAAGGUUGAUGCAUCAGUUGAUGGGUUUCUUCAGUCCUUGGGUCUUGAAAAGUAUCUUAUUACAUUUCAGGCUGAGGAGGUUGAUAUGACAGCCCUUGAGCAUAUGAACGAUGAGGACCUCAAGGCAAUGGGAAUACCAAUGGGUCCAAGAAAGAAGAUACUGUUGGCAUUGAAUUCAACGGUUUAAGUUGGGGGAGAGAAGACGAUUACAAGUUUCGCCUCCCAUUGGAUCUGUUGACAACCCUUUUUUUUGCAGUCCAGUGUUGUUGGCCCCUGUUUGUUAGUCAGUAUAUAUACUUGCUGCCUGAAUACCCUCAGUUCGAUUGACUUAUUUGUUUGUAUUUGAGAGAAGCACCUGGGGAGCUUUCUUUGACCUAGAUGAUAUUGUAGGAAAGCUAGGUUGAUACUGAAUUGGGAAUUUGUCUUAAAUGUUAGUAGGUUCUCUUAUACAAGUAUUAAGGAUUUGUUUUCUUGAAUUGGUAAUCUCGUAUUCCUAAUCGUUUCUUUUUCCGUGUUUACUUUAGUUUAAUUUGGUCGAAGCUGUAUAUGAAUAACCAAUCUUUUUUCAAAUGUAGUAUUUGAAAAUUUUAACUGAG